ACACGCUUUCCUCGUAUAAGAGGCCGGGCAAAAAGCAGUUUGAUUAUUUCCAUGACCCCUUCUCCAGAAAACCUAACAAGAUUUAGUCAAGACCUCUCCCCCACUUCCACUCUCUUGCUUAUAAUUAGUCUUCGUUAAUCACCGUUUAUAUAGAGGUGAAGCACCGAACAAAUUAUAUCAAGAUUAUUUCGCUUAUGUUGUGACAUUUACGACUAGUUUGAUUCUCUGGACUCGAAACUCGAAGCCCAGGAAUCGUAUACAUCUCCUAGUUAGUAACACUAGCUAGGAGUGUUGAUUUGUCGGAAACUCUUGAUUUUGGUAGUGGUGGCCUGGCUGCAAUUGGUAGUAGUACUUGUUUUUGUUUCGAUUAAAAUGGCCGUCAAGGACAAAACGUUGUCGGUUUUGAUGUUAACAGGGAAUUUCGUGAACGAGUUUGUAAGUUUUAUUGUCUUUUCCAUUCUUGAUGUUCUUGAUUUCCUUCUCUGUUACACGUACAAAGUUGUCGACUUCAUUGUCGAGGCCGAAUGGAAGCCUUGCUACUGUUCUUCGGCAAGGAAGGCGAUUACGAGCAGUGGCAACAUCUUGGUCUCCGAACAAGGAGAGUCGAAGAAAAUUGUGUGCCUUACUUCUUCCAAGCUGCAGCUCGAGGAGAUCUCCGACACUCUCUACACUCGUUCAUCGUUGGUCUCCGAGGUGUCCAAGACCACGGUCUCUCGGCUUAAAGUGGAGACAAAAAAUGUGAUACAAGAUAUGAAUAAAUUCAAGAAAGGCCGAUCCGCAUUUACUAUCAAUUCCACCAUCAUUGAAAUGCUGCAAGGUAAAAUUGGAGGUCAGAAAUCUCAUACCUAUCCGAGAUGGUCAGAUUGUGAUUGCCAAACUUGUAAUGCUUGGUCAUCUUCUACCUCUGACACUCUCUUUCUCAAAGCUGAAGGACCAUUAGGUAAAGUUGAAGAGGAUGUGCUUUUCAUUCACGGCUUUAUAUCAUCCUCCGAGUUCUGGACCGAAACCCUGUUCCCCAACUUCUCAAAAUCGACGAAAUCGAAGUACAGGCUUCUAGCAUUCGAUCUGUUAGGUUUCGGAAAGAGUCCGAAACCACAUGAUUCAUUGUACACCAUAAGGGAGCAUCUAGAGAUGAUCGAGAGAUCGGUUCUUGAACCCAACAAUGUUAAAUCAUUUCACAUAGUAGCACAUUCUUUGGGGUGCAUUCUAGCUCUCGCUCUUGCCGUAAAAUAUCCCGGCUCCGUCAAAUCCCUAACUCUCAUAGCACCCCCGUACUUUCCGGCACCAAAGGGAGAACAAGCAACACAAUAUGUGAUGCGUAAAGUGGCACCGAGGCGAGUGUGGCCUGCGAUUGCAUUCGGCGCUUCUCUUGCUUGUUGGUAUGAGCAUAUUAGCCGAACCAUUUGUCUUCUGAUAUGCAAGAACCACAGAAUCUGGGAAUUUCUCACCAAACUAUUGACCAGAAACAGGAUGAAGACAUACUUGAUUGACGGAUUCUGUUGCCACACACACAAUGCUGCAUGGCAUACUCUCCACAAUAUAAUCUGCGGAACUGCUGGCAGAAUGGGAGAUUAUCUAGAUUUCGUUCAGAAAAACGUAACAUGCACCGUCAAUAUAUUCCACGGCAGAGAUGACGAACUGAUUCCGGUCGAAUGUAGCUACAAUGUGCAGUCUAGGGUUCCUCGUGCCAACGUCAAGAUUGUCGAGAAAAAGGAUCACAUCACCAUUGUUGUGGGAAGACAGCAAGCGUUUGCCAGAGAACUCGAGAAAAUAUGGAAUUCUUCAAGCGGUUGAUUAAAAGAGUGAAACCGGAGAAAUUAAGAAACUUUUUGUGCUCUAAAGGGUGUACUGUCAUUGCUGCUCAGAAGAUAAGUCUACAAGUCGAUCAGCCAACAUAAAAGUUUUAUCCAAACAAACCAUUCAAGGAGAUGGAUAAAUGAAUAUAAUUGCUUAGUAUAUAUAUAAUGGAUGGGCAAAGUUUGUAUCUACUACUUUCUUCAUCAUGUGUGAAGUUUUUUUUACAUAGGACAAAAUUGAUAUUAAGAUGUCUAUCAUUUUCAAGUUGAUGCUUUAAUUAUAAAAAUUUAUUUAUAUGUUCC